ACAAUCCUAAAAGUAAAACCCACCCUGUCCCUGCUCGUGUCCGUACAUACUGCUUAUUACGGUGAUGUUUCUGUGUGUGCCGCUGGCAUCAGCGUCUUCGUAAUGGUUUGACCUCGCUUUUCUGAUAUUAAACACUUAAAUCUUGACUUUUACACGCGGCACUUAAACAGCAAGAAAAAAAUGUCGAUGUCCCUCCAAACGCUUCCGGAAAAGGAGGCCAAAACCCGCAGCUCCCAGUCCCGGAGCCGUGCAAGUAGCGUUUCGCACGCGGCGGCUCGCACCAGGGACCAAGAUGCUACAGCAGCUAGUACACAGCAGGUACUAGUGCCUCACUCUCGCGGCUCCCGCAUGCGCGAUCUGUCCUCCGACCACAUCAAGUACGCAUUUGGGUUGAAAGAGAGCAACCCCGACGACUUCCUGCCCGCUUUCAAAGUGCGACAGGGGUCCAAGGGGAGGCGCCGCGAGGCCUACGACAUGCACCAGGGCGGGAGCCAGAUGAAGGAUGUGUUUCGCAGCCCAGGUUGUGGAAGGAGUACUUCUCCAAGAGCAGGGGGCAGUGGAGCUGCGACCCCAGCAGCUAGUAUGUUGUCCAAGGAGUCGCUACCAGCUGGGGGCGGGGGGUCCAGAAGCUCAACGCCGUUACAGAGAAGGAGUAUUUGAUGUUUUUUGUUUGCUUGAAAUGAGGGAAGCGUGGAGUUGUUUCGUUGCAUAGUUCGACGAUGUAAAAGCAAUGAAUGCAUCUGGUGCAGCUUCUAUGCGUCGUCAAACGCACGACGGACGAGAAGCAGCACGAGGUGAUGUAUCAUUUAAUCUAGUACGCAACGAUGAUCACGGAUUCAACAUACUUAUGAAUUUUUUGCGAAAUUCUUCAACCAAAAAACAGAAUCUUCGCGUCGUCUAAACGCGCACCGGCACGUGUCGAUGCAGAGUUCCGCGUUUCCUCUGGAACGGAGCUCUAGUGUGGGGGUUGUGAACCCAGAUUUCACGGUGGAAUUUCGGGUUACGAUGUCAAAAAACAGUGUCGCUGAUUUAGGUGACGUCGAUGUAGCUAACUUUGCUCCUGCCGAUCUUGCAACAGUGCCGAACAGCAGAGUUACAGGCACCGCGAUGGAACAAAAUUUAUUGCCGGGAGGUCGUACAACGCCGUCUCCGACGUCCCCCGGUGGUCCUCCACGCUCCUCCCUCUCCUCACCCACAAAGGAGCAGCAGUUGGAAAUUUUGAAUAAGCUCCCGAAGCGCAACAUAGGCGAUGACGUGAAGUGGACCAUGCGGACGGACGAAGUCCAACGAAAGCAGAUCCGCUGGAUAUCGAAAGGAAAAAUCCCCCCUCCCCAUAUCGAACACGAAAUUUGUGAUGCUGUAUUUGAGGUCACAAAUCGACUUGUCAUGCUAGAAGGCCAAGAGCCGCAGUCGUGGCCUCGUUUGCAGGCAAUUUGUCGUGCUGUUUCUCACUCUCAGCUGCCUCCUAUCAUGCUGAAGAUGCAAGGCUUCCCCACGCCACCCAGCACUACAGUUCGCAUCUUUUCCCGUGUAGCAUGACAAAGCUGAUUUGUGACAACAAAUCUGCAUCACAGAUUUCCGUUUAGAUAUGGGGAGGGGGGAUUUUUCCGUUUGAUACUGGACGGCAGACAAAGAGUUGGACUACGCCAUGGGCUUUUCCCUGCGGAAGCUUGACGAGACAGAGGAAGGGAACAACAGUAUGACGCGGUUGGAAAACCGCCCCUUCAAGCAGUUUUUGAAUGUCAAGCAGGACGUGGUGAAGCGGGACCUGCAAGCGGAGAUCGAACGGGAAAAGCGGCAACCACAGAUGGCAAUGUCCCGAACAAAUAUGUUGGUGAAUAGUAAACAGCGGUCCUCGACGGCGCUGAGUUACGAUGCGAAUGGUGCCAGCACACAACAACCGUCGCAAAGCGCGCCAGUGACGCCGCGGAAAAAUUCUAACGGUGGACAGGACCAAGAAAUAAACCAGCAGCAAACGUCCACCUUCGGCGCUGAGUUUGGUGCAGCGAAGUCGUCUGCUUCGGUGGUUCGUGACUUGUAUAAUUCGCGCCGUAGUUGUGUGACGCCGAAGGUGAAUACCAGGAAAUCCCGGGCGGACCUGUGGAAACCCUUCCUGCCUACAUCUACUACUGCAGCUAGCACCGCAGGGAGUGGGACGAUUACAGGGCUAACUCCCGCGGAGGGCGCGGCUGCAAAAAGAUCGGCUUCCUACACAACUAGCACUGCUGUUGCUGCGACCUCGGUGGUGGAACAUCAGAAGGAUGGCUCGACACAUAUGCAAGCCACAUCACCUCGUGCUGCUGCUGCUCUUGAAGAUGCUGAUUUAUUAAAAGCCACUCCCCGUCGGCAGCUGUCGCUCCAAACUGUAGUCCAGAACCUGCACACUGCGGUUCGAAGCGCCUCGGCGCGCAAACGACCGUUGACGACCAAGACGGUAAAACCGAAAAACCUUCCGAACUUCACCGUGAACGAUCACUACAGGCAAGCGGGUCCGUUUUCGAGCAGUUAUCGGGCGGCCUUCGGCGUGCCCCGGCUCGACGUGUUGGGGAGGGGGCAGGAGGGCGGGGGAGUAAAACAAGGCGCUAUUUAUUUUACCCCUCGCGGUGGUUUAUCUUCGAGUUGUACGCCGGGCAAUAUAAUUCACGACAAUAAUUCUACGAUAUCUGCCCGGGCAAGAAGAGCACUUCAGGAGGACCUGUUAUGAACUGCAAAAGCAUCGUACUUGUAUAAAUGCAUUACAAAUUUUCUCAGCAUGAAAAAUAAAAUUUGUAAUGCGGAUUUACCUUAAGACAAAGAUUUGUAAUGCUAGACUUGCAUUUAUACGAGUACGAUACUUUUGCACGGGAUACCUGUUGCUGCAGGACGAAAAGGUCGUGGGUCCGCCGGCCGUAUCCUGUGCAAAAGUAUCGUACUCGUAUGGAAAUCAUGCAUUACAAAUCCCUUUGUUAAGGUAAAUCAGCAUUACAAAUUUUAUUUCUCAUGCUGAGGAAAUUUGUAAUGCAUUUAUACGAGUACGAUACUUUUGCAGUUCAUAGGCCGGCCGCAUUGGCGGAAGCAGGGACCUGCACCGAGGGUACUAUAACAGUGAGCAACCGAUGAACCUCUGCGAUUGGGGCGUGCCGAAGCAGCUGCUGAACUCGCUUCUUGCUUCGAGCAGUGCAGCUGGUACGGACAAGGACAACAGCAACAUCUCCCGGCCCGCCUCGGCAAGGAACUCUAAUACAGGAAAAAAUAUAAUCGCCGGCACAGCAGCUGACGCAAACAACAAUACCUCUGCGCUAUCGACACCCCGCACGACGUCGCCCCGCACCCAGAACAAAGCCAUUCUAAAAACCGCGAGUGAGCUCUUGGGCCAGGAAGCGAGGGCGGAGCAGAGACGGAAAUUGUCCGCGCGGCAGAAGGCCGCCCGGGCGCUGCAGGGAUACAGCGAUAUUAAUGGCGAGGAGGAUGUCUCCGAAGUUGCACUGUGUAAAACAUCAAAUAAACGAGAUAAGAUCUUCCGUUCGCCGCCGAACUUCAAGGACGAGGUCGCGGAAAACCUGUACAAGUUUCAGCAUCACGAAACGCCCUCCGAGUCGCUGCACGAGUUUUAUUCCGGGGUGCCCACCACCCCAACCUCCGCCCUGAUAGUAAAACAGCGCGCCGAGUCGGCUCCGCCGGUAAAUCUAGUUGAAAAUAACGACGAGAAAACAAGAUCUGAUCUCGUUGGAGUAGUACCAGAGCGAGGCCAUGGCCAACCACAGCAGUCCACAGAGAGGCUCGAAGAUGAACAGAGAAAAAACGACAUCAAAAGGCUGAAAGUCCUGCACAAGCGACACCACGCGCACCUGCACCAGGUCGGCGGGAAUUCGUAUCACUACAUGCGGAAGGGCAAGAACAAUAAUUUGAACUUCAAGCACCCGCUGAUCACGCCCUACGCGCCGACCAAGGAGCUGACCCCGCGGUGGGACCGCGACAACCAAAACCGGGUUUUUGUCCCGUACCGAAACGUCCUGCCUGCAGGGGAGAGACUGCCGUCGAGCCCGAAAUUCAAGGACAAAACGGUGGUCGGCACGGCGCACGGCAAGCAAAUCCUGGUUUCCUCCCAAAUUCGGCGCGUUCCAGCGGAGCCGAUCCGGACGCCGCGCACGGUGUUCACGCCGCGGCGGGAGGAGGACGUGGCGAAGGACGCGCAAAAAGUGGCGACGCGCGAGCGGCUGGUGCUGACGCGGUCCAGGUUCGUGCACACGCCUAGGAUCAGCGACAAGCAGGAGGAGGAGCGAAAGGAAUUUUUCGCGAAGCUGCUGAAGAACAAGGAGAGCGACCUGAUCGCGCGGAAGAAGACACGACGGGUGGCCCUGGCGCACUUGCCGGGGCUGUCUGGUGUCACGGAAACCAGCCACAAGGCGUACGCGGAAAUGAUCGCGAAAGAGAAGUAGGAGGGAUUGGGGUCGUUGCGCCAGUACUUUAUUGGGUAUCUUUCUCGUGCUCUCCUGACAGAUAGUCCUCAUAGUUCCUGUCAUAUUCUCGUCCAUUAUUUUAUGUUUAUGUUAGUAGUGGACUGAUUUUUUGCUUCGCAAUUACACAUUCCUGGGCAUCACCGCUAUUGAAAAAUCACAGUGGUGGUAAACUAAGUAGUAGUCAGUUUGUUGACCGUUCUUUUCGAAGUGUAUUGUACCCCACAAAUUUGUUUCUGGCUAGACCAGCACUCUGGAUAGCAAUUUUCUGCUCUCGAGAGUGCUACGGUGCCGUCAACAUGUAAGAACCGUUUCAAGAUUUAUAUUCUAUGUUGAGGAGAAAUAUUUAGAAUGAGUCACCCCUCAUGUUGAUUUUGAAUUCCUUUUUUUAACAGCGCUUCAAGUUCAACUUGAGCUCCUGCAUUUUUUUUUUUUAGUUUUUUGAGUUUGCGUCCCCUACACCUCGUAAUUUGUUCCAUCAUGAUGUUCCCGUAAGAAAACAGUAAGAAAGAGGGCCAGGAGCGCGUUUGUCCUGCCUCUUUCGGCACCGGCGGUGUCCGCCGCUUGAUGACCACAAGCUACUAAAGAGUGCAGUUUUUUUUUCAUUCGAUAGAUGACGUUUGCGAGUUAUCCUCGUC